AUGUCUGGACGGGGCAAGGGCGGGAAAGGCCUGGGAAAAGGGGGCGCUAAGCGCCACCGCAAGGUUCUGCGCGAUAAUAUCCAGGGCAUCACCAAGCCCGCCAUUCGCCGUCUGGCCCGGCGUGGCGGUGUGAAGCGCAUCUCUGGUCUCAUCUACGAAGAGACCCGCGGGGUGCUGAAGGUGUUUCUGGAAAACGUAAUCCGGGACGCUGUCACCUACACCGAGCACGCCAAGCGCAAGACUGUUACCGCCAUGGACGUAGUCUAUGCGCUCAAGCGCCAGGGACGCAAUCUGCCACGGGCCCUGAGGGUUCUUACUGGGAGGAGCAGAGUGGCGCAGCGGAAGCGUUGUGGGGAGAAAUACACCAGAGGCAAAGCAGUUCGGAAGCAAGUACCUGACCAGGCGGCCUGCGAGAGCGCGCCGGCCACGGGCGGCGUGAAGAAGCCACACCGCUACCAGCCCGGCACGGUGGCCCUGCGCGAGAUCCGCCGCUACCAGAAGUCCACGGAACUGCUGAUCCGCAAGCUGCCGUUCCAGCGCCUGGUGCGCGAGAUCGCGCAGGACUUCAAGACAGACCUGCACUUCCAGAGCUCGGCCGUGAUGGCGCUGCAGGAGGCGUGCGAGGCCUACCUGGUGGGGCUCUUCGAGGACACCAACCUGUGUGCCAUUCACGCCAAGAUGUCUGGACGUGGUAAGGGGGGGAAAGGUUUGGGGAAAGGGGGCGCCAAGCGCCACCGCAAAGUCCUGCGCGAUAAUAUCCAAGGCAUUACCAAACCCGCCAUCCGCCGCCUGGCCCGACGUGGAGGUGUCAAGCGCAUCUCUGGUCUCAUCUACGAGGAGACCCGUGGGGUGCUGAAGGUGUUCUUGGAGAACGUGAUCCGGGACGCCGUCACCUACACCGAGCACGCCAAGCGCAAGACGGUCACGGCCAUGGACGUAGUGUACGCGCUUAAGCGCCAAGGACGCACCCUCUAUGGCUUCGGCGGCUAA